GCUUGGGAACUCAGGUGGAUAACAGCAUCUUCUCAGAGCUGUUCUUCACUCCUGACUUCUCCUGAGCCUCUAGAAGAGAAAUACGCUCUUCAGGCUCCUAACGGGGUCUGUAAGGCAGCUUUGGACAGAACAGAGACUAGGUUGUGUGGACAGAAACAAAGCCUUUGGGGGAGAUCAUGGCCAGUGGUCAAGCACACCCCCCGUUUGAAGUGCAGAGCCCCCAGCUUAGUACAACAGUACCGUCCCCGCAGGUGGUGGUGGAUGAUGAAGUGCCAGGACCGUCAGCCCCCUGGGUAGAUCCCAGCCCCUGGCCUCAAUCCCUUGGCCUCAAAAGGAGGAGGGAAUGGUCAGACGAAUCGGAAUGGUCAGACGAAUCCAAGGAGGAGACGGAGGAGGAGCUGAACUUGGAGCGCAGCCCUGAGCCCAAGGACACCUGGGUGGUGGAGACCCUGUCUGAAGAUGGGCUCAAGAUGAGGCUGAAGAGAAAGCGAGCGUCUUCCGUACUCCCUGAGCACCACGAGGCCUUCAACAGGCUGCUGGAGGAUCCUGUCAUUCGAAAAUUCCUGGCCUGGGACAAAGAUCUGAGGGUUUCCGACAAGUAUCUCCUGUCGAUGGUCAUAGCGUAUUUUAGCCGUGCCGGCCUCUUCUCAUGGCAAUACCGACGCAUUCAUUUCUUCCUGGCUCUCUACCUGGCCAGUGACAUGGAGGAGGACAACCAGGCCCCCAAACAAGACAUCUUCUCCUUCCUCUAUGGGAAGGACCACUCCCAGAGACCCUUGUUCCAUAAGCUUCGAUACCAGUUCCUCUGUUCCAUGCGCUGGAGGACAUGGGUUUCCCCAGAGGAGAUGGAGGAGAUCCAGGCUUAUGACCCAGAGCACUGGGUGUGGGCCCGAGAUCGCACCCUCAUUUCCUAGAGCCCCAGGGACAUGGAGGCCUGAGGUCAUCGGCCUGAGAGAAGUCUUGGGUAUGUCUUUAUCAGCAAUGUACGGUUUCAGCAUAUGAAUUUGGGGGACACACGUUCAGUUCACAGCAGUGAGGAUGCAGAGAAAUAAAGACUCUCUCUGCUUUGGGCUGGAACUUAAACUUGUACAUUAGACUUGUAAAGUCUUCAGAAGCUCAGAUACGACUUCUGAGCCUUGUGACUUCUGAGGAUCAAGGCUGUGUUCUGGCAGCUCUUUCACCAUUGGCAAAAAAAAUGAAAGGUAUCAUUUCCAUUGAAUAUCCUGUUACAUAAUGAAUUUUCACAUUGAACACUUAAUUUCCCAUUUAAUUAAAUCCACCAGGAAUUUGA